GUCAUUCAUGUGCAUCCGUGAUUCUUCGUUCUUAUAUGGGAGGAAAAAUAAACACCUACACGUGUCAUCACACGUCGAAAAUUCUCGGUCCUUAGUGGGCGUUGUAGAUGUGUGUGUAUUACAGCCGGUGUGUGUAUUACAGUGUGUGUGUUUAGUCCCCGUGCAGGUGAGAAAGAGGAUCAGAUAAAGCUCAUAUUCUCACUCGUUUACAUAACAAACGUCACGCGCAGGAGUCGCGUCGCACGCGCAGGUGGCUCAAAUUAACACCGGCCCUUUUGUGUAGGACUUCUUCUUUGUGUGUGUGUGUGUGUGUGUGUGUGUGUGCGCGCGUGCGCGUGUGUGUGUGGAUGCACUAUGGUGGCGAACAUGGCGAAUUUCGGAGACACAAAAGACGACGGAAACGGAGACGUUCCUGCUUCAGAGCUGAAAGGCAGUCAGACUGACAACGAGUACAACAGCUCAGAAAGCGCAGAAUCAUCAUCAGAAGAGAGCGCAGAUGAAGAAGAGGAGGAAGAAGAGGAAGAGGAAAACGAAAGAGAUCCAGAAAACGUGGAAUCAUGUGCCGAAGGAGUCACUGACGCCUCGUGCACAGAGACCAGACCAGACACGAGCAACGGUCACCACAUAAAUCCGUUCUGUGAGAAAUGUAGCCUUCUUCAGAAACCAGUCCACCAGCUCGUGACACCAAAAGAAAUCUGUGAAAAUCGCUGGCAGUUGACUCUGGAGGACGAGGGAGUGUACGAGUGCUCGGAGACAGGGCUGGUGUUUGAGGUGUCUCAGAAGGUCCGGAUCCGCUACCGUGUCCUUUCCUGGAGCAAGUUUGGUGCUUUCCUGAACGACUCGUGGAAACUCGCCGGGCCCAUUUUCGACGUGGACUGCGAUCCUUCCAUUCUCAAGUCCAUCCAGUUUCCUCAUUCACUCUGUCUGUCAGAUCAGGACAACGAGGUGAAAUUCAGCGUAUUGCACGUGAAGGACCACAAAGGCCUCAUCGAGCCGUCGGUCGAUCACUCGCGCAGUCAUAUAAAGUGGAACGUGUCGUCUCUGUCUCCGGUGGGGCCGGUCGUACAGACGUCUAAGCCGGCCGAGCAUCACGGUGUUGUCCAGAUCUAUAAGGAAGUGGGACAGCAGGACUCGUACUCGUUCAGGGUCUACCUCGCUACCAACAACGACUCUGAUAUCGCUGACAUUAGAAAGGAAGUAAGGACCGCGAAGAAAAGGUACAUGAAGAUCGAGAAGCCGCCUCAGUGCCAGAAACUGCUGGAGGAGAACAGGAAGUACCGUCUGAUCAGCGAGCCCCAGGGAGACAUCACACCUGAGGACAUCCAGUUCACACUGGCCGUGGUGAAGAUGAAGGGUUACUUCGAGGCGUUCUUCGAGCAGCGUCCGCCGUUCAAGCUCUCGCUCAUUGAAGCAGAGUCUGAACAAAUCGUGUGGACGGCUACCAUUCGAGAAGGAGACUGCGUGGAGAACACGGUCGAGAAAACUCGAAGCCGUUCAUGCAGUCGGAAGCGAAACUGCAGCAUGUCCGAAAUGGAGCCGAGCAGUAAAAGACCUCACUGGUGUGACGGGUCAGGUGAUGAUUUAAUCCCUGACGGCGUAAGAACGAAAGAGACGGACAUGAGCGAUAAGCAGCUGAUGCAGGUGGCCAAAUGCAUGGGAAAGGAGUGGAAGUGUGUGGCCAUCGCUUACCUGGACCUGACCAAACAGGACGUAGAGGACAUCGAGACAAAAGCUGAGGGCAACCAAGUCAUGAUGAAGUUCCACAUGCUGCACUGGUGGAAGAGUCGGCAGUCUAAGGGAGAGGCAGGAGCCAUGCAGCUCUACGAGGCACUGAACCAGGAAGAUGUUCCCAGAGAGGUGAUCGACAAACUGGACGAUAUACGCCGCAGCGGAUCCCCUAAAUAAGUCUCGAACUGUUUUCUCGGCUCGGAUCCACAUCAGGACUUUGGAUGUAGAUCAUCUCUACCCUGCAUCCUGGUGCCUUCAGCUCUAAGACUGGGUUUCUCUCAGGGUCUGUCCUAUUUCAGAUGUGUUCCUUUAUUUUGGGGGAUUUAAUCCAAACAUUUCCUUACGUUCUUUUUGACAGCUAUUUGCGUAAAAUGCAAGCCAGAGACCUUCAUUCGUUCUCUUUAAAAGGACAGACGAAGACAAGAACACGAUGAUAAUAAUAAUAAUAAUUAUUAUUAUAAUAAUAUGGUGCUUUAAAUACACCCAACACACCACCAGCUGUGCUCAGUCACUACUUGUGUGUAUACGUCCUUUAUCCCUGUGUACUUGACUGUGUAUUUAAAUUUUAUUUUUCAUACAUUUACAUUUUCUAUCAUGUUUUAACUGUGGUUUUAUUCCAACCACUCGAAUCAUUUUGUCGACUCAGAGGAACGUUAAUCAUGUUUACUCGUUAUGCUUUCAGGGCAUUCGGACCAAAGUUUUUUUUUUUUUAAGUUGUGGCAGCAAAAUAAGCACCGGUAGCUUCUAUAAAACAGAGUAGCACUUUCUGUGAAGGCUAUACCAUAUAAAAACGUACAAAUCCUUAUCGUUAUUUAUGACACAAGGGCAUUACAGUUUGUAACGUUAUUUAUUACGCAGUUAUUCAUACAACACGUAGCACGUCACAUCGGACCUUCCGACAACGCAGAGCUCGGCUCACUAACAGAACGUGUUAUGCAAACGUACAGCGCAUCACGUAAUCGAUUCCUAAAGCGUAAUAAAUAAAGAUAGCUAUAAAGCGUGAUGCAUUUAAUUAUUGAUCGAUAAUUAUCGAUCCUCACAGAAAGUUUUACUCAGUUCUUUUUUCAGUUAUUUCUACAUACUGUAUAUAGUAUCUGUGAAUUUUUUUUAAGUCUGUAUAAAUUUGCUAGUGUAUAUGUUGGUGUUUUUUUGCAUGUAAAAUAGAGUCCAUAGAGUGGUUACUGCUGUGCAGUCUGAUGCUGUCUGAUCUCUAAUACGAAUGCAGAUCAGAUUUCAUCACACUCAUCAUGUUUUUUGCAACAUAGAACGUAUGUCUCUAUAUUAGGGCGUGUAAUUUGUUUAUUCGGUCCUCAUCGGUAAGCGUUUUAUCCCGGUCAGGGUCAUGAAUCUGGAGACCGUAGUGAGAAUACGGAGCAGACGGGACGCAGCUCAUCACGGGGCAUCAGGCACAAAACCUAGGGGCAUUUUAGCAAAGUCAUUCCACCUACUAGCAUGUUAUCGUGUCGUGGGAGGAAGACAGCAAACCGGAGCUCAGGAUCGAACAGGAACUCUGGAGCUACAAAGCAGCAAUGCUAAAAGCUUUUAAUAAAUAAAAGGCAGAAUAAACCAAGAAUUGUGGUUUUAGAGUACAGUUUAACUCCUACUAGGCUAAAACCAGAAAUACGUGAACCACAAGAACAUAUAAAAGCUGUCACUGUGUUCCAGCACGCUCUUUAGUCAUUAAUAAUGGUCAGUUAGCAUUAGAUGUUUUCUAACAUAAGUACAUCAGUAAAAAGUAAAGUUUCACCUACGAGCAACAUGCAGAGAAAAAAAAACAAUCAGAACAUAAUCACGAUGUUUGCGUGUAAGAUCACCGCCGCCGCUGCUCCAUGGAGAUGUUUGUUAUUAAAGCGUCUUUGGGACCUGGAGGAUUCAAUCAAUCAGGCUGAUUAGAAGUAAGCUAGAAGUUAGAAGACUAAAUAAAUCCUUUUGCUUUAUUAUUUGUAGGUCAGAGAAGGAUAAGGUUCAGCCUGACAUUACUGUGACUUCCAGUUUCUACUUUUUUUAUUUAAUUUUUUUAGAUCUUUAUUCUGUUUGGAUUUAUGAUCUUUGAUUUAAAUCUUACGUACAAACGACAUUUUUUAUUUUUUUUUGCCUGAACCUGAAAAUCUCUGAAAAAGUCUUUCAUUAGUUUCUGUCAUUUUUCAAAGAGCUGUAACGUAAAACACAAACGACUGAAUAAACACGUGACUGUAAAAACAAGCAGUUCUGCUACUUUUCA